AUGUCACAGCCAUGGGAUUAUAUUGCUAAGCUUGUUUGCAUCGGUGACUCUGGCACCGGCAAGUCCAGCCUCACUAUCCGCCUUUGCGAAGGUCGAUUCUCCCCAUCACACGAUGUUACCAUUGGAGUGGAGUUCGGUUCUCGAAUAGUUCCAGUAGGACCUCCCUCAUCGUUGGAACUAGGUAUCGAUGAACUUCAGAACCCCUCCACAUCUUCCACCGGAGAGAGAGAAACAUCUCAAUCUCAAUCACAACCCGUCUCGGGAUUACCAAGUCCACCCCGAAAACCAGAACCUACCCAACAACAAAAACAAAAACGAAUGAAGCUCAGUUUAUGGGAUACGGCUGGACAGGAAACAUACAAAUCUAUCACGAGGUCCUAUUUCCGUGGUGCUUCGGGUGCAUUACUAGUUUUCGAUAUCUCGAGACGUUCAACCUUCUUCUCAUGUACACAGUGGCUUCAGGAUUUGCGCCAGAUUGCAGAAGAUGGAAUCGUGGUUAUACUGGUUGGGAAUAAGACUGAUUUGGCGGGACAACCAUCGGGAUCAAAUCAACGACAAGUUACGCAGGCUGAGGCGGAAGAAUGGUGUCGGUUGAAUAAUAUCGUGAGAUAUGUGGAAACGAGUGCGAAAUCGGGUGAUGGAGUUGAACGCGCGUUCUUGGAGGUUGCUGAGCGCAUUUAUCGAAAUAUUGAAGCGGGAAGAUAUGACCUUAAUGAUCGACGAAGUGGUGUGAAAGGAUUCGGUGCUUCUGGUGGUGGGAAUACUGGUGCUCCCAAGACAAUUACUCUGGGGAUGGAUGAUGCUAUGCGUAAAGGUAAUAGUUGGGUUGGAGGGUGUUGCUAG